AUGGCGACUGUUCUGGCAAAGAACACCUUCCAGAAGGGCGAGGCAGACCAAUCUACCGUAUCUCUCGAAGGCAUUCCGGCUCUCGGGGCUCCCAUCGAGGAGAAGCGGUUUUGGUUCCAGCGGAACAAGGAUUUUGACCCUUUCGCCGUCGCUACUCAACCGAGUGUGUUUGACGAUCCAGAUUCGGCCGAGAAGUAUCAUCCACGAGAAGACUGGGAGAACUACCACCGCUUUGACCCUCUCGCCCGAUGGACAUGGGCUGAAGAGUAUGCUUUGGCAAACACGGACAACAUGCUGGGGGAUUUGAAGAUGAGCACCAAUGACUUUAACCUCGGAAACACCGUGUUCAAGCUCGCGUUUCUUUGUGCGGAGUUGCCAUCUCAGCUUGUAUCCAAAUGGGUUGGCCCAGAUCGGUGGAUUCCUGCACAGAUGAUUCUUUGGAGUAUCGUAGCCAGCUGUCAGUUCUGGCUCGAUGGUAGAGACUCAUUCCUUGCCUGCCGCGCAUUGUUGGGUCUUCUCCAGGGUGGAUUCAUCCCUGAUAUCAUCCUCUAUUUGUCGUACUUCUACAAGCAUCACGAGCUAUCCCUGAGACUUGGCUUCUUUUGGACUGCCAUGAGUAUCGCCGAUAUUCUUUCUGCGAUCUUUGCGUAUGGACUGCUCCACAUGCGUGGCGUUCAAGGACAUUCCGGAUGGAGGUGGCUAUUCCUCAUUGAAGGGCUGUUGACACUGGUCAUUGGUAUUUUCGGCUUUCUUUUGAUGCCUGCUGGCCCUUGCCAGACUGCGAGCUGGUUUCGCGGGAAGAAGGGCUGGUUCUCCGAAAGAGAGGAAAUUAUCCUUGUCAACAGAGUUCUUCGCGAAGACCCAAGCAAGAGCAGCAUGCACAAUCGCGAGCCAAUUACUCCAAGGUUGCUCUGGGACAGUCUCAAAGAUUAUGAUCUCUGGCCCUUGUAUAUCCUGGGUCUCACUUUCCAGAUUCCCAUGACACCUCCAUCGCAGUACCUCACCCUGACAUUAAAGAACCUCGGCUUCGAUACCUUCCAGGCGAAUCUUCUCGCUAUUCCAUGGACCGUUGGACACAUGGUUACAAUGCUGGCAAUCACAUACCUGGGCGAAGUCAUCGGCGAACUUACCUUUGUCUCGAUGUCUGGUCAGGUGUGGGCACUCCCAUUCUUGAUAUACCUCAACGUUGUCGACACAUCUGGAGUCAACAGAUGGGUUCUUUACUCCGUCAUCACGUUACUUCUUAUGUACCCGAAUCACGAUGCGCCACUCUACAAACGCGGCAACCGGUCUCUCCUCGGCAUCGUCUGCAUGAACUUGAUUCUUUACCCAUUAGUGAAGGCUUACUACGUAUACCGGAACAAGAGACGCGACCGGAUCUGGGAAGGUAUGUCGGAAGAGCAGAGACUUGCAUACUUGGAAACAACAAAGGACGAGGGCAAUAAGCGAUUGGAUUUCCGUUUCAGCCAUUGA